AUGUCGUCCCGCGCGGGCGACGGCGUCGUGGCGGCCGCGCCAACGCUCGCCUGCCUCGGCGAGCUCGCAGCCGCCUACGCCGACGCCGGAAUGGACGGGAAGGCCGCCGAGAUGUGCCAGCGCUCCAGGGAGCUGUACGGCGCUCUUCCCAGGGCGGCAGACUGCAACCGCCUCCUCAGGCUCCUCGUGCAGCGCCGGCGCUGGGAGGACGCCCGGAAGCUGUACGACGAAAUGCUUGCCGAGGAGGGCGGCGCGGAUGACUACAGCACCUGCGUGAUGUUGCGAGGGAUGUGCUUGGAAGGGCGGGUGGAGGAAGGGAGGAAGCUGAUUGAGGCUAGGUGGGGAGCGGGGUGCAUUCCGCAUCCCGUGUUCUACAAUGUACUGAUCGAUGGGUAUUGCCAGCGCGGGGAAAUUCGGAGGGGAAUGUUGCUGUUGGGUGAUAUGGAGAUGAAGGGAUUCUUGCCGACCGAGGUGACAUAUGGAGUUAUCAUUACCUGGCUCGGGCAGAAAGGUGAUUUGGAGAGGAUUGGGGGUUUGCUUGGCGAGAUGAAGGUGAGAGGAUUGUCCCCCAAUGUGCAGAUUUACAGCACUGUCAUUGAUGCUGUGUGCAAACGCCACUCAGCAUCGCAGGCAAUGGUUGUUCUGAAGCAAAUGUUUGCGAGCGGUUGUGAUCCAGAUGUUGUCACGUUUAAUACUUUGAUAUCAGCUUUUUGCCGAGAAGGUCGUGCUCACGAGGCUGAGAAACUUUUGAGAGAGGCCAUUAGGAGAGAGUUGGAGCCAAAUCAAAAUAGCUACACUCCUUUGAUUCAUGCCUUCUGCAUCGGAGGAGAUGUGACGGUUGCAUCAGAUUUUCUCGUGGAAAUGAUGGAAGGAGGGCAUACUCCUGAUGUCAUCACGUUUGGAGCACUAAUUCAUGGCCUUGUUGUUUCUGGGAAGGUAACUGAGGCCCUGAGUGUCAGGGAUAAGAUGAUGGAGAGACAGGUGAUGCCUGAUGUCAACAUAUAUAAUGUAUUGAUUAGUGGUUUAUGCAAGAAACAAAUGCUUCCCGCAGCUAAGAACCUUCUUGCAGAGAUGCUUGAGCAUAAUGUCCAGCCUGAUAAAUAUGUAUAUACCACGUUGAUUGAUGGUUUCAUCAGGAGUGGGAAUAUUAGUGACGCAAAGAAAAUAUUUGAAUUCAUGGAACAAAAGGGAGUCUGCCCUGAUGUUGUUGGCUACAAUGCUAUGGUAAAAGGAUAUUGUCAGUUUGGAAUGACGGAUGAGGCAAUUCUAUGCAUGAGCAGCAUGAAAAAGGUUGGCUGCAUUCCAGAUGAGUUUACAUAUACUACGCUUAUUGAUGGCUGUGCUAAACAAGGCAACAUAAGUGGAGCUCUGAGUUUGCUUUGCGAUAUGAUGAAGCGGAGAUGCAAACCAAAUGUUGUUACAUACUCAUCAUUAAUAAGUGGAUAUUGCAAGAUUAGCGAUACAGACACUGCAGAAUUUGUUUUUGAAAAUAUGCAAUCUGGAGGUCUCCUUCCUAAUGUUUUACACUAUACAAUCCUAAUUGGUAGUUUAUUCAAGAAAGAUAAAGUAAGCAAAGCUGCUGCAUACUUUGAACGUAUGUUGCUUAACCGUUGCUCUCCUAAUGAUGUCACAUCAAAUUAUUUAGUUAAUGGGCUCACAAACAGUGUGACCUGGAUCAUCAACUCAAACUGUAGCAACAGUGUUAAGUUGCAUGACAAGAAUGCUCUGCUAGAUGUGUUCAAGGGAUUGGUUUCUGAUGGAUGGGACCCAAGGAUUUCAGCAUACAAUGCUAUUAUCUUCAGCCUCUGUAGGCAUAAUAUGCUUGGGAAGGCACUGGACUUGAAAGAUAAGAUGGUUAGUAAAGGAUACUCGUCAGACCCUAUUACUUUCCUUUCACUUCCUUAUGGCUUCUGUUUUGUUGGAAAACCGAGGAACUGGGGGAGCAUCCUUCCUAAUGAAUUUCAGAAGAAUGAAUUUGAGACAAUCUUUAGGUGCAAGAUGUUAUUAGACCAGCAUGCCGUUGACACAGUUAGCUGCGAAGUCUCGAGGAUUAUACAGUUAUAUGCUGAGGAGUUUCUGUCUAUACAGAAACUGGAGAAGAGAUUUGCUGGUUCUUGA